GAUCCGGAGCGCGCAGUGAGGCUCCGUGAAGCGGCCCUCGGUGCGUCCGGGCUGGUGCGGCUCCUGCCUCCCUCGCGACGCCGUUGCUGUCCUCGAAGCCUCCGGACGCCGCCGCCGCCUCGCCAAGCCGGACCCGACAAUGGCUGACCAGCUGACUGAAGAACAGAUUGCAGAAUUCAAGGAGGCCUUCUCCCUCUUUGACAAGGACGGCGAUGGCACCAUCACCACCAAGGAGCUGGGCACCGUCAUGAGAUCCCUGGGGCAGAACCCCACCGAGGCCGAGCUGCAAGACAUGAUAAACGAGGUGGAUGCGGAUGGCAACGGCACCAUCGACUUCCCCGAGUUCCUCACCAUGAUGGCCAGGAAAAUGAAGGACACCGACAGCGAAGAGGAGAUCCGGGAGGCUUUCCGGGUGUUCGACAAGGACGGGAACGGCUACAUCAGCGCCGCCGAGUUGCGCCACGUGAUGACGAACCUCGGCGAGAAGCUGACGGAUGAAGAAGUGGACGAAAUGAUCCGGGAAGCCGAUAUUGAUGGAGACGGGCAGGUCAACUACGAAGAGUUCGUGCAGAUGAUGACUGCAAAAUGAAGCCCGCAGACGGAGUGGCUGGCAAGGCCCGUUUUCUCCUUCGACAACUUUUCUCCCACACACUCUCUCUACUUAAGUCACCCGGUUCUCUACGCAAACAUAUAUCGGCUGUGGAAUAAAUCUGACCAAGCAAUUAAAAAGUGAAAAAAAGGAAAACGAAAAGAAGAAAAACCCCUUCCCAAGCUGCAUGGCUGCGCUCCUCUCUCCCUCCCUCCCCCCCUCUUUUUCACCCUUCCUUCCUUCUUUCCUUCCCUUCUUCCUUCCCUUCCAUGAGACCCUCCCAGCCCUUCUGGAUGUCUUCAUUUCCAUCGGGUAUUCUGUUCUGUAGUCCGAGCUGGCCCCAUAUCUCAGGGUGCAGCUUCUUUUCUUUCGAGAACACCCCCUCCACACACACACACAACCACACACCCCACUACCACGAAGGGGUGGAGAGAGUGCAAAAACCCUUUUUCAGUUCUCUUGCAUGUGUCUGGGCCGCUGCCGUUCUGCGUCGACCUGGCAGUGUCGCCACCGAGGGGGGUCUUGCCCCAAGGAACGCCGGGCGCGCAAGCAAGAAGCAGGGAGGGGGGUUAUUUUUGUGUUCCUCCUUCGUUUUGUUGGGGGCGGCGGGCGAGGCAGAUUCCCCACCGCCCGGAUGUCCGCGGUGGGAAGCGGAUCCCGUCGGCGCGACCUGGAGGGGAGAAGCGGAUCGAAGCGAGGAAGGGAGGGGAGGGGCAGCAGGGAGGGUCCCAAUUGGCGCUUUCCCCCAAAACACCCCGACGCUCCCGUCUCUUGUUCUCAACCCUGUAAAAAUUGUAAAUGUCCUUUACGGUUUCCUGCGUGUGGCGUCCGGCAUCGGAGCUGCUACUGUGUACAUAUCUGAGGUGAUGGGCUGGGUGGGAUGCACCCCGCGAGACGACAGAGGCUUUUUGGUUGGCAGCUUGGGAAGGUGGGGGGGGGGGGCGCGGCACCGCAAUAAAAGAGGGAAGCCUCCGUUGAGCGAAUGCCACCUGCGCCCGAGUGCCCCGUUUCCCCUCCUCCGCCAGUGCUUUUUUUCAUUUCUUCUUCCGUAGUGGCUGGCGCCUUUUAACGCCUCUGGCGCACCUCCUUGGCUUCCGUGUCUGUGCUCUUAGCUGUGGCUUUUCUCCCUCCGCCUUCUCCCCUUUCGGCCCCCUCUUCCCGCCCCGCCCCCCCCUCGUGGCAAACAUCAUGAGCUGCAAAUUUUGCUUCUCUUUUUUUUCAUUUUUGGGGUUUUGUUUUGAUUUUUUAAUCCAAUUUGGGGGGGGGGAAAGAUGUUUGGGGAGCUUUUUCUCUCUCUCUCUCUCUUUUUUUUUUCCUCUUCCUCCGGGCGAGGCCGUUGAAACGAGAAGCAGGCUCUGCCCUGAAUCUGGACGGGGAGAAUUCGCCUUCUGCGCUCCGCCGAGGAGUCCGCGGAGGGCUCUUUUGCCGGAGAGUGUGGGGAAGGUUGAGCCAGAAUGUCUUUGAAAAGCAGGUGGCGUCUGUUCAGUUCAAGCUGUGAAAAUUUAAAAGAAAAAAAAAUAUAUCAAUGUUUUCCAAUAAAAUGCAGUGACUACCUGG